AUGGCGCUUAGUGAUGGUGUGUGUGUGGACAGGCAAAGUAGGGCAACGUCAGUCGAGUUCAAGCUUCCAUGCCUGGCAGACGUGUCAGCGGCGCUAGGCGGAAUGUCACUGGCCUGCAUCAGCGCGAGUGGGCAGGGCAGGCGAGCAGGGAGGCAGAUACCCAGACAAUGGUAGAAAGGGAGGGCAAAGGGCAAAAACAAAAACAAAAAAAAAUAAAACCUUGGAGCCGCUUUGGCGUGUUUUCCGAUCUCUUCCCGG